AUGGAGGCGGGAACCAGCCACAAAGAUAAGCUGUUCUUUAAGCUAUAUGAAUAUAUAAACAAGUUAGAUAACGCUGCAUAUGAUGAUGUUAGCUUAGAGAAGGAUGGGAGGAAGAAAGUUCUAUACAUUAGUAAAAAGGCAAAGUGGAAGAAAAGAUGGGGUGAUGGGGAAGUGACCAAGUCGGAGGUGAAAGGAGAGGGCAGGAGGGCUCUUUCUCCGCAGAUCACGGGGAAGGCAAAGGAUAGGGAAAGAAAAAUAAAAAAUCGAAGCCAUGUAGGAGCUGGUGCUGAGAAAAGUGAUCCAUUUGGCGGGGAGGAGAGCAGCGGGGACGGCAGCGAGGAGGGCGGUAGUUACACUAUCAGUUGUAGCAGCAGUUACAGCAGUCGCGGGGACGAAGUAGAAAGCGCCUUGCACGGUGAUAACCCGGGGCACUCGGGGAAAGCGGAAACUGCGCCCCCCAUCGCCCCGCGGGAUUACCCUCUCAAAGCCGAAAACGAUGACGCGGGUGGCCCAGUUAAUGUCCACUCGUACGCACACCCCCAUCGAAACAGAAACACAGAGAAGACAAAAAAGGAAAGGAGCAGAAUCCGACGGAGCAUAAGUCAAAGGAACCAGCUCCUAUGCGAAAUAGAAAACUACUACGUAAUUUCCAAGCUGAAGAGAAAAAUGGAAGAAUACAAAAGUUUAAACGAAGUUAAAAUUAUAAACAGCCAAGGAAGUUGUAAUCUGUUAGGGAUGAUGCAAAAAAUUGAAGACAUUAUCAAUGCAUAUAAAAAGGUUAAGGACGAAUUAGAUAAGCUAGAGAAGAACAAACAAUUCAUUUACGAUACAUUUUACUCCAUUUUUUUGAACUAUUAUUCGAGGUAUGAAGAAUUGAAAGUAAUCAAGGGGAACAAGCGAAGAGUAGAACGCCACUUGAAAUUUUACACCAACGUAGAUCAUUUCGAGAAGGUACUUAACCACAUGGAGAAAAACGAAUAUGCUUAUUUUAUUGACAUGUACAAUAAUUCUUUGCAGAAAAGUGGAGGGGAGGAAUACUCGGGGGAGAUGCUUGACGGGGACCAGGAGAGUGAUUAUGGUGAGAGCGACACCGAGUCGGGGGAUGAAGAAGGAGAGGUGAAUAUGGACAAUUGGCCCGAGGAAGAUAGACAGAACUGGGUAACCUCAUACGGCACGGAAGGGGGGGACACCGACGGUGAGGCCAACCAAGCGGAGGAUGAAGGGAGCCGUGAAAUUGAUAACUACUUACUUAAUGAAUGGGAGGAGGAAGAGGUAAGCUUCCCUGUCGGAGGAUAUGCUACGAAGAGGGGGCAACAUGACGAUGAAGAUGCAGUUCAAAGGGCUGGACUUAAUGGUGGGAGCGAAACAGAGCGAAGCUCGUUGGACGAAAAUGCAGGAGUGGACGCAAGACGGAUGAGUAACCAGCCGCGAAGGAGUAACAAGUACGUCGUACAGCGUCCCAGCGUGGAGGGACAACUGCGAGGUCGUAUCUGGUGGGCGAAAAAGAAGAAAAGGAGCUCAGCGGGUGGGAUAUCAGAUGGGGUAGCAACGGGCCAAGGACUCAACGCAGGACGCAGCGCAGGACUCACCACAACACACUACGCAUCGAAGGGAGAGGCCCCUUCCGACACCGCAAACCAGGCCCAGCGUGCCAAAACAAAACGGGGGAGCGAGAAGAACGAAAUUUAUCACAUGCUGGAAUUUUCCGAAAAGGCGAUAACAUUCUUCAAGAAAAAUGGUACCUAUUUGCACGCCAAGGCUAAAUUGACCAAGUACCAGUCCAUCAUAAGGCGUAUUCUGAAGUACGUCAUUAAUUUGUUCAGGGACGUUCUAAACAACGCAGAGCUGAACAUACCCUGUGGUAGGGGGGGUGAGAGUUUGUCUCUGUAUGGGACAUCGUCGUGUGAGCAGAAUGGCAAAGAGGCGACCGCGGCACGGGAGUUAAGCAUUAGGGGGAAGCGGUGGGAGGGCAGUACACUGAGGAGGGACAACCCCAUUUGGGGAAAGCAUCUCUCGGCUGAUACAUCUUACAAUUCCCUGAGCGAAAAAAGACUACCUGGGGAAGACAACCAUAUGAAUAAUUUCAAAUAUGAUGAUGUGAAGGAUCCCCCGGAAGGCAGAAAUCAUGAGAAAGACGAACCGAAGCAUACGCAUCCCCAUCCGCAUGAGCUAGCUAAUUUGACGGAGGUGCAAAACCUCUUUUCCGCAGACGACGAAAUGGAGGAUAAUGAAAUUUACAAAAAUCUAAGCAUGAUAUAUUUUAGCAAGUAUAUAAAUGAACUGGAGUACUACAAGAAGUUCAAAAUAAAAUGCAGAUGCAUGCGAGAUGUAAUAUACUUCAUUUAUGAAAAAUCCCUCGUGAAUGAAAAUAAUUUGUACACAGAGGAAUACAACAAGCUGGAGAAUUUCUACGUAAGCACAAGGCUAAAGAUAUUAAACAGCCAUGUGCUAAGCAGUAAUGUCCUGAGCAAUUUUGAGUCCCUACUGAAGAGUGAUGUUUGCAAAUAUAUAAAGAAUGUCUGCCUGUUGGCAAUGUACGUUUCCAAGUUAGAGGUGGACUUGUAUACACACAUAUUCAAUAACAGCCUUAACAAUUCCGUUAAGAUAAUUUUGAAUAACAUUGGGCUGUGUAUCUUCGAUUGCCUACAUGAUUGCAUCCAGCAACUUAACAACAUACAGCUGAUUAGAAAGAUUAUCCGAAUCAUUUAUGUGGACAUCAUCGAUACGUAUAGUGAUAAUUCGUACAGGAUCAUUUGUGAUUACUUAAGAAAGAUAUGUAAAAUUUUAAAGGACAAAUUACUCUGCGUGAUAGAGAUGUACAUAUCGUACUACACCAAAAAUACCAGUGCUACUUUGCCCUAUGUGUGCUUCUACCCUCUGAGGAAGAAAUUUAUCAACAUGGUGAACAAUUUUUUGUAUGAUGAAUAUCUCCUCACAAGUGAUGAGCAUAGUAAGGGGCAGUCCCCUGUGAGAACCAGUCAGGGGGAACCGAACAAGGAGGAGCGAAACGGACAGGUGGAUAUGGUCUUUUCCUCCACUGUGAGUAAUCACCCCAUCGGUAAGAACGUACCGUGGGGGGAUAAAUCCGAGCCAGUGCGCAGUUGCGACAAUUGCGAGGAGGGGAACCCAGUGAAUGGGGCCACUCACAACGUAGAGUACCCCUCCAGGGAGAGCACAAGCAGUGUGAACAACGUUGAAGGAGGGAACAUCGUUGAAAGCGGGAAUAACGUUGAAGGCGGGAACAUCGUUGAAAGCGGGAAUAACGUUGAAAGCGGGAAUAACGUUGAAAGCGGGAAUAACGUUGAAAGCGGGAAUAACGUUGAAAGCGGGAAUAACGUUGAAAGCGAGAACAUCGCUGAAAGCGUGGACAGUCGGGAUAGCCUGGAAAGCUUAACCAGGGAAAAAUACCCGAAGCAGAGCGAAUGCAACAGGAACGUGCUGAGUGAGAAGAAUGUGUACAAGCCUUUUUCCUUCCACCGCUGGGAAUUUAAUAAGGACACCAAAUUCGGCCUCUGCGGUAUAGACCUUAACAUUAUUGGUACCAUCCUAAUUUUGAAAACGAUACAUUUUGUAAUCGACGAAGAGACGCUGCUGGAGUUGUUCAGGGAGUGCUUGGAAAAUAGCUUCAACUCCAUAACAUCCAUUUAUAAGGAGCACAUGAAAAAUCAUCCUCAGGACAUGUUUAAUGGAGCUCUUUAUUUAAUCAAAAAUUUGAGUCUUUUGCUAUAUUUGUUUUACAAAGUUACGAAGGAUCGCGAGUUUUUCCACUUUUACCUGCACAGCGGGUUGACCGAGCAGCUCCUCUUUGGGGCAUCUCCAAAAGAAUGGAUAAUGGAGAGCCAUACUGGCAGCGGGAAAAAGGAAGACGACAAAGUGGGGGGCCAAAAUGAGAACUCCAUUUUGUGCUUCAUCAAAAGGGUGUACAACAUGUCGUCACAGAAUGACGUGCAGAAAAGAAUCCUGGCCGCCUUCAACGAUGCCAUUUACAACUUUACCGUAGCGACUGUGUCGCAGGUCUGUUCCCCCUUGAUUAAAAUCCUCUCCAUGGAAUACAAAGAAAGUGCACUUGAAAAGGAGGAAGAAAUUAAAAAAACGGCUCAUGAUUUUUUGAAUGCAAAAAGGAGUCGCCAAUCAGAUUUGCAGUUCAGACACGAGAAAGUGGACUUCUCUUUUUUGCGCGAAAUAAACUUUGACUUGUUAAAGGAGUACGCAGAAAAGGUUAACAACGAGUCGAGUACAGAGGCACCCAACUGCUCCAACCUCGAUGACGUAAAAAAAAGCCUCCAGUCGUUUAAGCAAAACGUCUGUGACCUAUUUCCGAGGAUAUAUUUUUACGUGAAGUUAUUUAUUUUCUCCAAUACGGAAAAGCCAAACGAGAAUAACUUUUUCCCCGGACUGUUUUCCCAUAUCGUGGGCCUCUUGACGUACAAAAUAGUGGGCCUCCUCAGCGAGGUGUACCUCAUCAUAAGGCUCAAGUAUGCACACCAAAUGGAAGCCAUAUUUGAAGAGAACUACGUCAGCGACAUUUUCCUCUUCCUGAAUUCGAGCGAGCGUUACGUCUGCUCCUUUUCGGACAUCCACCAGUACAUCGACACAAACAAGAAUUACAACUUUUGGGGGGAGUAA